AAAAGGAUUCUGUACGGUAUAAGACGUUUCAUUAAAGGCGACUUCUCUAGUAUAACUCUGACUUCAACAUGCCGAAGGACCGCAUCCAUAUAAACGUUGUUAUUAUCGGCCACGUGGAUAGUGGCAAGUCCACGACCACUGGCCAUCUUCUCUACAAGUGCGGCGGCGUAGACUCCAGGACCCUCGAGAAGUUUGAAAAAGCUGCAGCCCAGAUGGGCAAGAGCUCUUUCAAGUUCGCCUGGGUUUUGGACAAGCUGAAAGCCGAGAGGGAGCGUGGCAUCACUAUCGACAUCUCGCUGCUUAAGUUCGAGACUCAGAAGUUUUCCAUCACCAUCAUCGACGCUCCCGGACACCGCGACUUCAUCAAGAAUAUGAUCACCGGCACAUCCCAGGCUGACGCCGCUAUUCUGGUGGUGUCCGCGGCCAAGGGCGAGUUUGAGGCCGGCAUCUCCAGAAACGGACAGACCAGGGAGCAUGCCCUGCUUGCUUACACGCUGGGCGUCAAGCAGAUCAUCGUCUGCGUCAACAAGAUGGACCUGACCGAGCCGCCAUACAGCCAGAAGCGCUAUGAGGAGGUGGUUCGCAACGUGACUGUCUUUAUCAAGAAAAUCGGAUAUGACCCGGCAGCUGUGCCGUUCGUGCCCGUUUCUGGCUGGAACGGUGAAAACAUGCUCGCAUCCUCUCAGAAGAUGCCUUGGUUCAAAGGGUGGAAAAUCAAGCGAAAAGAGGGCAAUGCAAAUGGUAAAACUCUGCUGGAAGUCCUGGAUGCCAUACUUCCUCCGAUCCGAAUUGUCAACAAGCCUCUCAGACUGCCCCUUCAGGAUGUCUACAAGAUAGGAGGAGUUGGUACAGUCCCAGUGGGGAAGGUCGAGACUGGAGUCCUGAAACCUGGGAUGCUCCUGAUGUUCUCACCAGCCAAGCUGACAGCAGAGGUGAAGUCCAUAGAGAUGCACCACCAAGGACUCCAGACUGCCCUACCUGGACACAACAUAGGCUUCAACAUCAAGAAUGUAGCUGUUAAGAACUUGCGUAGAGGGAAUGUGGCUGGGAAUGCCCAGUGUGACCCUCCGCUGGAUGUUGCAAGCUUCAUUGCCCAGGUGAUAAUUCUCAACCACCCAGGCACUAUAAAGGCUGGCUACUCUCCAGUGCUGGACUGUCACACUGCCCAUGUGACUUGUCGCUUCGCUGAGCUACAGCAGAAGCUUGACCGCCGCACAGGGAAGAUCCUUGAGGACAGUCCUCAAGCCCUGGUGUCUGGGGAUGCUGCCACUGUGAAGCUCGUUCCUAUAAAGCCUCUCUGCGUGGAGAGCUUCUUUAGCUACCCUCCUCUAGGUCGGUUUGCUGCUAGGGAUCUGAAGCAGACCGUGGCGGUUGGCAUCAUCAAAGCCGUGGAGAAAAUUGACCAGACCCCAAGGAAGCCUUCCUCAAAAGUGCAAUUUUCAAAAUGAACUGUUGGAAAUGUGGUGCAGCUCUGUAAAGGAACUUUUUGUUUUGACUCCUCCUACUAUGGUUUCUGGCUUUUGUUUAAAAUAACUGUAUCCUAAAGGGUGUUUGGUUGAGGAAUAAAAUCCUGGUCUGUU